AUGACAAACGUUGGUUGUGGGAAGAAAAAGAAAAGUGCCCUCUUCGUAUGCUUAGGCAAUAUUUGUCGAUCACCAAUGGCUGAAGGAAUUUGUUUGGAUCUCAUCAAGAAGAAAGGUCUUGAAGAUAAAUGGAUUGUGGAUAGUGCUGCGGUUGCCAGUUUUCAUAUUGGUAAAUCUCCGGAUAAAAGAGCGAUGGCAACAUUAGCAAGACAUGGGAUUAAAGAUUACGAACAUAAAGUUCGCCAGGUGACUGACUCUGACUUUCGUGAUUUUGACUAUAUAUUUGGUAUGGACGAAGAAAACAUUGAAGAUCUGAUGAAUUUACGAAGAAAUGUAAAAACCAAAUCAGUUGUCGAAUAUCUAGGCAGGUAUGAUCCGGACGGUGUUUUAAUCGUACCGGACCCGUUUUAUAGUCAUGGGAUGCAAAUGUUUGAGAAGGUUUACGAACAGUGUUUGAGGUGUUGCAAAGCAUUUUUAGAAAAAACUCAUGGUCCGUUGGCUUAA